AUGGCAUCGAAGGUUAACUCUGGGGAGGUAUUCAGCGGAGGAGCAACAACUUCUCAACAUGUGGACGCCGAAAAUGAUGACCAUUUUGAAAAUACUACAUUUAAGUUAAAAAGAACAAGGUCCUUGGGAUUAUUGGACGGCUUUAUAGAUACAAAGGGUGAGAAGGAGAAACAAGGUCAGAGCACGGACGAGAAUGUGCCACCACAAAAAACAGAUGGAUCAGAAUCAAAAGAGUCUGAAAUCGAUGAUAAGAAACUGGUGGAAGAAAAUGAUGGUACUAGUGCUAAUGAUUCAAGUGGCGAUGGAAAUACAGGAGUUGCUCCCACUUCAAUUUUAAUGAAAAGUCCUGAGGCAUUACCUCAUGAUGAUACAGAUAUCAUGAACGAACCAUCGAGGCACGUGGAUUAUCUUUCACAUAAGUGGGACAUGUCUGAUAUUUCCAAGUCUUGGAGGUAUGUUAUCCAGAAGAGAAAGGAUGUAGCUAAUUCUGCUAGAUUGGAAAAUGCUAGUUGGCGAACGUGGGCUCAAAGAAGGUCAAACUUGAAAACUAUUAGCCCUGAAGUCGUCAACUGGUCGAAAGAUAACGACGUUACUUGGCUCUAUGGGCCUAUAUUAAAAGAUGAAGGCAAUUUAGAAAUCGAUGAGGAUGACAACAAAAGGGCUACUACAGCUACCAGUGCAGUGGCUGGUGAUAUCUCAAUUCCUAAGAAAAAAUCAAACGGUCCAAAACCUAUAUUAAAAAGAAGGACUGUCCAAGAUAUGAUGAUAAGCCAUUCAGAUCUCUUGAAAUUACAACUCGCCACAAAUAGGGUCCAUCAAGAUCAGGAGCAGGCGAGGAUACAACAUGAGCAGCAAUAUUCACACAGAAGGCAAAAUUCAGACGAGCCACCGGAAUUUGAUGAUUAUGAUGCUAUCUCUGCUAAAUUGAAUUCUCAAUAUAAGACAAGGGGUGAUGGUAGCUAUAAAGAUUUAAGAGAAGCACAAUCAAGUAUUCCAAAGUAUUCACUAACAUCAUCAUCAUCUGGAAACAGCCUGGAACAGCUGAGACAAAGUCCUCUGGUAGAUUCGAAACAGGAAAUUGAUAAGCAGGUAGAGAAAUCGAAAGAGAAACGUCACAUUCACUUUAAUGAUGAAGUUCAACAAUGUAUUGCUGUUGACACAUAUUCAGAUGAGGACUCUUCUUAUGACGAAGAGGAUGAUGAUAAUUAUUACUAUGACGACGAUGAUUAUGAUGAAGAGGAAGGUUAUAUAUACGACGCUCCAGAUGAUUCCAGCUUGACUACGGGCGACAAUCAGUCUACCAACUCAGAAGAAUCUGAUUCUGAAGAUGAAGGUGGGUUUUUCCUUAAGGUUAAGUCACCAACUGCCGCAUCAGCACCAGGUCUAACCUUGCACGAAAACCGUGAUAGCCCUACCAAUAAUGACAAUACUGAGGAUACCGACACCAUUUCUACCGAUACUUCGAAGCUGUACAGAACUAUCCAUCUACUUCCUUCAACUACAAUAAAUUAUGGGUCUUCUGAUGACGAGAGUAGUAUCGAUGGUGUUUAUUCGGGAAUGGCACAUAACUUCAACAAUAAUAGCAAUAAGGGCUAUGAUUAUUAUUAUGACUAUAAUACUGUGUAUACAGUCGAUCCGAAUCAUGCUAUUUAUGGAAAUAACUCAGAUAACGGACAUAAAGAGCCAGAUGUUAUUGACGUCCCAAAGGACAUCGCCUUAGGAUCAAACUUCGAUUAUGAAAUAAUUGAGAAUGAUGAUUUCAAGAAGGAUGAUGCUAAGAUGCCAAUUAUUAAUCCUUCGGUGAUCAAGAAUAAUAAUCCAAAUUACCAAGGUCAGCAACAAGUGUCAGAUACCACUGAUAAUAAGAGCGAGAAUCAAGAAAAGCUAUCAAUUUCUUCAUUGGAGAAUUCGGCAUCCGUUGGUGGACAAAAGCAAAAGUCUUCGCCUUUUGAGUUGAGCGAUUCAGAGAAUGAGUCAAGCGAAGACUCUGACGAUGGUUUGUCAAUUGGAACUCGUAGCUCUAGUCAGUCCUUGGCUCACCUGGUCUUUGGACAAACCAUGACACCUGGUAGUGUUGAGGAAAGACAUUAUCCGGAGAGUUUCGAAAGUCGGGAGCCAAUAGAAUCUCAUAUUUCCAAAUUAAAUCCACGUCAUUCAUCAACUGCAAUCUCAAAACAAUCGACAUCCUCGAGUUCGUUAUCACAGCAGUUUUUUGGUGGCAUGACGAAGAAAUCAGGGUCUUCCAGCUCUUUGGCUGAUGCAUUCUUGGGAGUAUCUGACUCAAACAAGGGAGAAGAUCAUACGACGACUAGUUCAUUGGCGUCAUCUGAUGACUCGCGCCUGCCCCCUUCUUCAAGUACGCAUAAUAAGGCUUCACCUUUGCCACCCCAAACCUCAGUUGCUACGGCAUUCCGAGGCACCUCCCCGGCUGCAUCCUCCUCUUCAGUUACGUCUGCGGUUCCAAUUCAAAAACAGAAAAGUGGCUUUAACUUGCGAUCAGAUUCUGAUGAAGAGACUUCUGAUCUGGAUACGGAUGAACACCGCGAUCUUAAGAGUAAGACGUUGAGCUACGCUUCGUUAUCAGAAGUUGCGGAUAGAAAUGGCAUUAGAAGUCCUACUCCUACAGAAAUUCAUGACGACAAUACAAACUAUUCUCCUAGCUCUAUUAUGGGCCAAGCAAAGGGCUUAGCGAAUCAUUUUCUAGGAAACUGGAAAAACAAUGAGUAG